CCGCGCCCUCGACAUCGUGGAUUUCUUCCGCAACUUCACGGUGGAGGUGGCCGGGGUGGGCGACAUCUGCUCCUUCGCCCAGCUGGACGUGCGGCACCACGGCAACCCCCAGUGGCUGUCGGGGGGUCACACGGAGGCCCCCCCGGAGCGCCAAGCAGAGCACGGGAAGACGGAGCUGUCGCUGAUGCGCUUCGCCCUGAGCAACCCGCGGUGGCGGCCGCCGCCGCCCGCCCGCCGCUUCCUCGGCCACCUGCACGCCCAGGUGACCCGCGACGCGGCCACCGCGCCACCCCCCCGGCCACUGCUGGCCGAGGGGCCGCUGGCCGCCUCCCUCCUGUCCGAGGACUCGGCCCUGGCGCCCGAGGGGUUGGUGGCCAGUGUCCUGAUGGCCAGCGGGCUGGUGGCCCGGGACCCGCGCUUCGGGCAGCCCUGCAGCACGGCCAGCGCCACCGCCAGCCUGCUGGCGUCCCUGCGGACCCCGCUGGGGACCCCCCCGGGCACACCCCUGCCCGGGCAGGGGCGCGGAGUCCCCGACAGCUCCGGAGAGCGCCUGAGCCCCGAGGAGAG